UAAUGUUUAAUCGUACUCUGAUAUAAGAACACACUCUUUUUGAACUCCAACACAGUUUACAGUAAAGUAGAAGCUGAAUAUAUCAUCCUGUAAAAGUUUAGGUUUGUAGAAUGAGGGUAGUGGUUCUGACCCUGUUGAUGCUGUUCCUGUCCGGGACUCUCAGUGAAGAUGGUGGGGAAGACAACCGCUGUCAGACAGACAUGUGUAACAUUCUUAAGAGUUUGAAAGCCAUAGAAGCCAGAUUGAAUGCUACAGAGAACCAGAUGGAAGAAAUGAGAAACAUACAAGAUGCUGUUGCUGUACUACAGAGAACUGAUGAAGUACAGGGAAAAAAGCUUCAAGUGUUUUCAUUGCGGGCAAAUGCCACAGAGUUCAACAUGAAGCAACAGCAACACCUUCUGGACGAACUGAAGAACAAGAUUGAAGACAAACCAAAGAUCGCGUUUUUGGCUGCACUAGCAGGAUAUGGCCAUAUAACAUCCUCUGACAGAGAGACCAACUUGGCGUUCAGAAAUGUCUUGAUGAACAUUGGCAAUGCCUACAAUUCUGCCUCAGGUGUCUUCAGCGCACCAGUGAGAGGAGUCUACUACUUCAGCUUCUCGUCAUUUGGGUUCAGUGGUCGCAACGUCUGCGUAAGUCUGUUCAAGAAUAGUGAGCGGAUGUUGUCUGCAUGUGAUCAUCAUUCAGAGCCCGACACCUCUGACAGUGCAGGCAAUGGAGGGACACUGCAUUUAGAACAAGGGGCUCACGUGUACAUGACCCUGCAUGUAGGUUCUCACAUAUUUGCGAGCGCCGAAAACCGCAGCACAUUUAGAGGGUUCCUGCUUUUUAGGACAUGAGGAUAUAUCCCAUAAAAACACAGCUUGUGUCUCUCUAACGGCACACUGCUUAAUGUAGUACACUACAUUUGACCCACCUGGUACGGAUUUUAUCUGAACAAUUUUUUUUUUUAGUUUGUGAGUUGUCAGAAAUAAAAGAUUUUUGACUCUU